AGGAUUCUUAAAACUGUCCCUCUUUUUUCUCUUUCUCUUGGGCGCUACCUGUGUUUGUGUUGUGUGGAGUAAUUAUAUAUAAUCAUUAUAUAGAAGCCUGCCUGCCUGCCUUUCUUUCUUACUCUGCUUUUUGCAAUCAAUAAUUUCAUUGAUCUCUCUCUCUCUCUCUCUCUCUCUCUCUCUCUCUCUCAUUUUGGAUGGAACAAUUGAGGUGAGGGGGUCAGGUCGGCAAGGAUGUCUGGACUGGGGGCAAUCGAGAUAAUGCUUUCCUGAUAGAAUUGCAUACAUACAUACAUACAUACAUACAUAUACGUAUACACAUAGUUGUUGUUGUUGUUGUUCUCUUCUCUGAGAGAUGCAUCUGUGUUAAGAAAAAGACUCGUCGGAGUCAGAGCAGCAGCAAGGGUAUGAAUGAAAUUCAUUUCAGUGUUGAGAAAAUCUGUUGAAAUUCCUUAUGAGAAAAUCGAAGCAGAACCAAGGCAAUACCAUAUAAUAAGUAUAAUGUUGGGCCAGAAGCAAGCAGAGGAAGCAAUUGUUUCCAGCCAUGAAAAUGAGAAUGAGAAUGAAGAUGAUGAUGAUGGCCGCGGCGGCAAGGCGGAUGCGGAAGAGCAACACAUUUUCAGCAUGAAAAGCAUCCUCUGGCACGGCGGCUCGGCCUGGGAUGCCUGGUUCAGUUGCGCUUCCAAUCAAGUUGCGCAAGUGCUGUUGACACUUCCCUACUCAUUCUCUCAACUUGGAAUGGUAUCUGGAAUAGUAUUCCAAGUGUUGUAUGGUCUGGUUGGUAGCUGGACGGCGUACCUUAUCAGUGUUCUAUACGUGGAAUAUCGCACCAGAAAGGAGAAACAAGGUGUUAGUUUCAAGAACCAUGUCAUUCAGUGGUUCGAAGUGCUGGAUGGAUUGCUGGGUCCGUACUGGAAAGCCGCUGGCCUGGCCUUCAACUGCACCUUCCUUCUAUUUGGAUCCGUCAUCCAACUCAUAGCCUGUGCAAGCAACAUAUACUACAUAAAUGACCACCUGGACAAGAGGACAUGGACUUACAUAUUUGGCGCUUGCUGUGCCACCACUGUUUUCAUUCCCUCCUUCCACAAUUACCGGAUAUGGUCCUUUCUGGGACUCGGGAUGACUACUUACACCGCCUGGUACUUGACCAUAGGAGCCCUUCUUCAUGGCCAGGUGGAAGGUGUGCAGCACUCCGGGCCAAAAAAGCUAGUCUUGUACUUCACCGGAGCCACUAACAUACUCUACACAUUCGGGGGACAUGCUGUCACUGUUGAGAUCAUGCAUGCGAUGUGGAAACCCCAGAAGUUCAAGUACAUCUAUUUGUAUGCAACAGUGUAUGUUUUCACGUUGACGAUCCCGUCGGCCACAGCCAUGUACUGGGCCUUUGGCGAUCAGCUGCUCAACCACUCCAACGCAUUUUCCCUGCUCCCGCGCUCCGGCUGGCGGGAUGCUGCGGUCAUACUUAUGCUCAUCCACCAGUUUAUCACGUUCGGAUUUGCUUGCACUCCUCUGUACUUUGUGUGGGAGAAGGUGAUCGGAGUGCACGAGACUAGAAGCAUAUGCUUGAGGGCGGUGGCGAGGCUACCAAUAGUGGUACCGAUAUGGUUCUUGGCCAUCAUAUUCCCCUUCUUUGGCCCUAUCAAUUCUGCGGUGGGAGCGCUUUUGGUCAGCUUCACCGUCUACAUCAUCCCGGCCCUUGCCCAUAUGCUCACUUACAGAAAGGCCUCCGCCAGACAGGGCGCGGUGGAGAAGCCACCGGCGUUGGUCGGGAGUAGCUGGACAGCGAUGUUAGUGGUGAAUACGUUGAUAGUGGUGUGGAUACUGGUGGUGGGUUUCGGGUUGGGAGGAUGGGCCAGCAUCACCAAUUUUGUUAAACAGAUUGAUACAUUUGGCCUCUUUGCAAAGUGCUACCAGUGCCACCCUCCUCCUCCUCCUCCUAAUGCCUCCCAUCGCUGAUCAUUCACUCAUUCAUCACAUUAUUAUUAAUUACUUCAUUCACCUAACUAGAUCCGUCCAUCUCCUUCAUCUUUCCCCUUCCCCAUAUCUUGUCUUGCCUUGUGUUGUGUUGUAUUUUCAUAGCCUCAUAGGGUUGUGUUGUGUUUGUAAUGUAAUACAUACAUUCAUACAUGCGUACAUACAUAUAUGAUAUCUAUACACAUUCCAAGUC